AUGACGAGCGUCAAGGAGACAGUCAAGGAAACGCUGGUCGGCACCAGCAACAGCACAGAGGCGCCGGAGCUGUCGCACCAAGCCCGCGCAAACUUCAUACGCCAUGCGCAAAAAGAUGAAAAUGGUGAGCUGUACAUGAACGAGGAUGCAUUCAUUGAGGCCGUGGCCCCGAAGCAAGAGGACUAUCACAAAAUCAAACGCGAGCAAUACGGCAUCCUCUUCCGCGUGGCAGACCGACGACAAACCGGCAAGCUGAGCCUCUCCGACUGGGCCACCUUCGAGAACCUCCUUGCGAAGCCGGAUGCAGAAUAUGAGAUCGCCUUCCGACUGUUCGAUACCGAGGGAACCGGUACGGUGAAAUGGGAGAGCUUGAAGGGACUGUACAAUCUGAACAAGAGCGCCGACAGCAUUCCCUUCGACUGGAACUCCGAGUGGGCCUCGCUGUAUACUGGUCGGAACAAGUCCCGCCAUGAUAUGACCUACCCUCAAUUCUCUCAGAUGCUCCGGGGUCUGCAGGGAGAGCGUAUCCGCCAGGCUUUCCACAUGUUCGACAAGAACGGUGAUGGCUAUAUCGAGCCCGAGGAGUUCCAGCGCAUCAUCCUGGAAACCUCCAAACACAAGCUCUCCGAUCACCUGCUCGAGAACCUGCCCACGCUCUGCAACAUCUCCAACAGCAACCGGAUUUCCUACGCCACCGUUCGUGCCUUCCAGAAUGUUAUGCGCGAGAUGGACAUCAUCGAUCUCAUUGUCCGCGAAGCCACCAACAAGAGCAGCGACGGCAAGAUCACCCGCUCUGACUUCCUCGACGAGGCUGCCCGUAUCACGCGCUUCUCCAUGUUCACCCCCAUGGAGGCGGAUAUUCUGUUCCAUUUCGCUGGGCUGGAGGCCCCCUCGGGUCGCUUGUCACAAAAGGACUUUGCCAAGGUCAUUGACGCUUCAUGGCGCAUCCCCGUUGCCGUCGCCGGUCAAGCGGCUGAUGCGGUGGCGGCCAAGACCAAGACUUUCCUUCACAGCGUGUUGGAGUCGGCGCAUCACUUUGCUCUGGGUAGUUUGGCGGGUGCGUUCGGCGCCUUCAUGGUGUACCCCAUCGACUUGGUCAAGACUCGUAUGCAAAACCAGCGAUCCACCCGUCCGGGUGAGCGCCUGUACAACAACUCGCUCGACUGCGCCAAGAAGGUCAUUCGGAACGAGGGUUUCCGCGGAUUGUACUCGGGUGUCAUUCCUCAGUUGAUUGGUGUGGCCCCGGAGAAGGCGAUCAAGCUCACGGUGAAUGACCUCGUUCGCGGUGCCCUUACCGAUAAGGACACCGGCAAGAUGUGGUACCCCCACGAGAUCUUGGCCGGUGGUACCGCUGGUGCUUGUCAAGUGGUCUUCACCAAUCCCCUGGAGAUCGUCAAGAUUCGUCUCCAGGUCCAGGGUGAAAUCGCAAAGAAUGUCGAGGGUGUUCCUCGCCGUUCUGCCCUUUGGAUCGUGAAGAACCUUGGUCUGGUGGGUCUCUACAAGGGUGCCAGUGCCUGUUUGCUCCGUGACGACCGCCACACAAACAAGCUCGGUGUCGUCCAGCUUUUGACGGCCGGUGCUAUCGCCGGUAUGCCCGCCGCGUACUUGACCACCCCCUGCGACGUGAUCAAGACCCGUCUGCAGGUCGAAGCCCGCAAGGGUGAGACGAAAUACACCGGUCUGCGCCACUGUGCCACGACCGUGUGGAAGGAGGAAGGUCUCAAAGCGUUCUUCAAGGGUGGCCCGGCUCGUAUCCUGCGUUCAUCGCCGCAGUUUGGUUUCACCCUGGCCGCGUAUGAAGUCCUCCAGAAGAUGCUCCCCAUGCCCGGGUCGGAGGAGGACCUCUCUCCCACCGGGCAGGUUGAGCCUGGCGUUGGUCUGCAGGGUGCUAAAGCUCCUCUCCCCUACCUUCGGUCCCGCAAUGCUUUGAAGCUCAUUCUGGAUGUGGACCAGAACAUUGGCCGAGUGCAGGUCCCUCGGCCCGAGAACUGGCCCAAGUUCAUGCAGCCUUCGAAGCAGUAA